CUUCCUGAAGUCCCUUGGCAAUGUCAAGAACUAAAACUGUUUCUCUUGGAUAGUGGGGAUCAGUCGCUACAAAUAGGUUCCAACUUUUUUGAAGAAAUGAAAGAACUCAAAGUGCUAGAUUUGUCCGGGUUUCCUGUUCCAUCACUUCCUGCAUCUCUUCAAUUCCUAACAAAUCUUCAAACGUUGUGUUUAGACCGGUGCGUGUUGGGAGACAUAGCUCUAGUUGGACAACUAAGAAGUUUGAAAAUUCUUAGCUUGUUGAAAUCCAAACUUACACAGUUGCCCGAAGAGAUAGGGCAACUUACCAAUCUACAAUUGUUGGAUUUGACCGGUUGCUCAGAACUUGUACUGAUUCCACCUGAUGUUAUAGCGAGCUUGAAAAGUCUUGAAGAUUUGAGAAUGGGAAGAAACAACUUUAGGCAAUGGGAGGCUGAAGGAAUCGUGGGUACCAAAAGAACAACAAAUGCUAGCCUUUCAGAGCUGAAGCAGUUGUCUAAGCUCACUGCAUUAGACAUCCAUAUUCCAGAUGCUACCAUUCUUCCAUCAGGCUUGUUCUUGCAGUUAGAAAGAUAUCAUGUACUCAUCGGUAAAGAGUGGAAAUGGCUUUCUUUUGAUAAUAGUUUCAAUACGCUAAAGCUCAAGCUAGCAACAAGCAAUCAAUUGGACAGAGGUCUAGAAAUGUUGGUGAAGAGAUCUGAGCAUUUGUACUUGGAUGUGAUGGAAGGUGUCAAUGAUAUAUUUCAUCUAUUAAAUAGUGAUGGUUAUCAGCAACUGAAACAUCUCCAAGUCCAAAACAAUGCUGAGAUUAGAUAUGUCAUCAAUCAUAACGUCUUUCAGAAAUUACAAUCUUUGACAUUGAUGAAUCUACCAAAGCUUGUUAGUUUCUCCUCCAACAGCAGAACAGCUGUUGCAACUACAAAGACAGAUGAGCAAUUGAAGACUUAUGGACAGUGUAAAGAAAUCAUUUUGGAGAAUGAGAUCGGGAGUCCUGUGCAACUUUUCAAGCAUCGAGAGAUUGUGAUGCCAAACUUAACAACCUUGAUCGUACAUUAAUGUGAUGGUUUAAGAUUCUUGCUAUCAUCUUCCAUGGCUAAGAGUCUUGUACAACUCAAACAUCUUGAGGUACACAACUGUCAAAUAAUGGAAGAGAUUGUAUCAACAAAAGAAUCCGGUGAAGAAAUGCAUACAGAUGACAUCUUCUGUAAGCUGAACCAUCUUCAACUACAACAUCUACCACAACUCACAAGAUUCUGCAUAGGAAAUUAUAUUGAAUUUCCGUCCUUGGAGACAUUGCAUGUAGAAGAUUGUACUAAACUGGAGACUUUCAUCUUUGAUCAUGCUAUGAUCAAAAAUGAAGAAACUGAUUCAAAGGAUAAUCUUGAGACUCCUGGACCAUAUUUUUUGUUUGAU